GUUUGCGAAGGGAGGGGGUUGAAGGAAAGUGGAGGGGGCGAGGGUUGAAGCGUGCUCACAUCAGUGUGGGGAUGGAAGGGAGGGGGCAGUUGUAUUAUUGGUGUAGGUUAGGGGCUGCAGUAUAGUACGAAGAUCUGUCAGGAGGAGCGGACAGAGUGCGCAAUCCGUCACUUGACAGACAGACAGACGGACGGGCGUGCAAUGGCACUGUCUUUACAAACGGUGUCUGCUUCAGGGGGACCACCACCAGCGGUGGCUCACCAGCACAGAGGAAGCCCGGGGGAUAUGAAGGUCACGACUUCAGAACUCGGUGGGACCAACGGCGACAGGAGAGCGACCCGGAGCCCCUGCUCGCCCGACACGAACAGCGGUAACCUUGCAAUUACGAGCGUCCCGAGGGCAGCACUGUCCGCGGGCCUUCUUCACCACGGCACCCCAGAAGGCGUGGCGCCCCUCCUGAGUCCCCAUAACCAGAUGUUCCGGAACCCGGAUUCACUGCUGUCUGUAACCCACACGGCUGCUCUCAUGGCCGGAAGGGCCGUGGGUUCGAACCCACACAGGCUACCUCUCAGCCUACGCACGACACUCGCCUCUGGACACGCUCUGUUCCACCAUCAGCGUGCAGGGAGUAUUUUCAACUGGUCUUCGCCUUCGGUGUCGCCACCGCCUGUAGUGACAACGGAUUCCGCAAAUAACAACAACAGAACGGCGCUGAAGUCGGCAGCGGCGAAGAGAAACAACAACAACCACGUGGUGACCAGCAGCAGCGGAGGCGUCUCGGCUGUGAACAGGAAGAACCAGGCGAACGCGAGGAAGCGGGCGUCGAGGAACGUCGACAGCGUCGAGCCGACCAUCAUCGAGGUCGCGGCUAUGGCACAGAUCACCACUGCCCCGCCUUCGCCCCCAACGUCAGGUUCAUCGCCUCCUUCGGAACCAGCGAAGAGCGCGGGCAACGCGGUGGACUCCGUCGCGGGCCGCGACAAAGUAUUCACCUGCGGGACGUGCCACCGGUCCUUCGGCUACAAGCACGUGUUGCAGAACCACGAGCGGACUCACACGGGCGAGAAGCCGUUCCGCUGUGGCGUCUGUGAGAAGCGAUUCACCCGCGAUCACCACCUCAAGACGCACAUGCGACUGCACACGGGCGAGAAACCCUACGAGUGCACUCACUGCGACCGCCAGUUCGUCCAGGUGGCGAACCUUCGCCGACACCUCCGAGUUCACACGGGCGAACGGCCUUACGCCUGCGAACUAUGCACGUCGAAGUUCUCCGAUUCAAAUCAGCUCAAGGCCCACAUGCUGAUUCACAAGGGCGAGAAGCCCUUCGAGUGUCUGCGAUGCCAGGGUAGGUUCAGGCGUCGCCACCACCUGAUGCACCACAAGUGUCCGAGCAAAGACGCCUCUUCUGGUGUUCUAGUGUCCGGCAUCGAAGACGGAAAGCGGAGAGGACUCGAUUUUGUGAGCAAGAGAAUAGCGGACGCAUCGAAGAAGUCAGAACGCGAUGAAUACGAAGCAGCUAGACAGAAAUUCUCCACCGCAGUUGGCUCCCACGACGAAGACGUGGUUGUUGAUGACUUUGAAAACGAGGAAGACGCUUCGGACAUGGUCGUCGAAGGAGAAGACGAUGACGAGGUGGACCAUUUCGUGACCUCUCGCCGCGUGGUCGCCCACAACAACAACGGAUCCGUUCUAGAGAAAAAAAGCAGACUACGGAAGCCUCAGGAAAUUCGUCGCGUAAUCCGCCUCGCGAGCGCCACGUCGCCACCCGGAUCCAUGAUCGUCACGAAUCCAAUCCCAAUGCCACCCUCCGCCCUCGUCCUCCCGGAGCAAACCGAGCCGGAGGAUCUGUCUAUGAGCACCGCGAACGCGCACCGGCUCAACCGAAACGGCUACACGAACCAAAACGUCCACUCGAACUCGCACAGCAGCGGGGAUUCUCGAUCCCCGUCUUCCGGGGCGGACGAGGAAGAUGAAGACGAUGACGACCUAAAUCCCACGACCACCGGCCUCUUCCUACAGCACGGCCAUCCCAAGUUCCGACGCCAUCACCAGCAACUUCAACGAAGUAAGGACGCGGCGCCUGUCUCCUAGUUUCUAGCAGAGCCAAUCCUAAUUGAUAAUCAACUACGGGUAUGUACCAAAUGGUAUAUAGUCAUAAUUUAAGUGAAAAUAUAUAUAUUAUUAUAGUGCAUAAGAAAAUAUGAGGACAUUCUUUUAUACGAAAACUAUUACGUAGUAAACAAACUAGAGGAAGGUUUUUUAACUAACGAUGAAUGGGCAUAUUGGACGAUGGUUGGUAAACACUGUUUGUUGAGAAAAAAAUUCUUAGGCAAUGCCAAGCCGGAAGAAG